GCAGGCCCAGGGGGGCAGCUCCACCCGAGGAGACAAGACACGCCUCAAACCGGGCAAACUCCCGGCCUCCUCUGGCCCCAAGCCAGCAGCCGCCGCCCGCCACCUCCUCUCCUCCUGCGCUGUUGCCCCGACUGCCCUGCCGGGCCCCGAACUCGCUGGCGCCUGGGCGCGCGGCCCCUCGGCCCAAGGGGCUGGCGGCGCGGUUGGGACGAUGUGGCGCAUGCGUGGUGGCGCCACAAGGCGCGGGAGCUGCGGCGGAGAGGACAGCCGCGGGCAGGGCUGCCUGGGCCGCGUUCGUGGGGGUGGCGGCAGCGCGGGCUGGCGAGGCCGCGCGGGCGGCGCCCGACAGCAGCUGGAGGAGCGGUUCGCCGACUUGGCGGCGAACCACCUAGAGGCCAUCCGCAUGCGGGACGAGCGGGACCGACAGAACGCGCGGCUGCGUGAGGAGAACGCCCGACUGCGGCUCGAGAACCGGCGGCUGAAGCGCGAGAACCGCAGCCUCUUCCGUCAGGCCUUGCGGCUCCCCGGUGAGGGUGGUGACGGGGCGUACGCGGAGGCGGCGAGGGCGACCCCGGGCCCCGAGGACGCCAGCACGAACAGGAGGGCUAGGGGCGGCGGCCCCGAGGACGAGCAGGGCAGCCCUAGGGCCCUGAGAGCCCGGCUUGAGAAGCUGGAGGCCAUGUACCGCCGGGCCCUGCUGCAGUUGCACGUCGAACAGCGGGGGCCGCGCCCGCGUGGGGACAAGGAGGAGCCCUGUCCACGCAGACCCGACUCAGGCCAGCGAACCCCGGAGCCCGAGCCCGAGCCCUCGGAACCCUGGCUGUAGCCAGAGGCCGCAGCCUGGGGAAGGCGGGGCUUCGCGCGGGCCCCUCCUCCUCCGUUCAUGGUUGCCCUCAGCUAGCGCGCGCCUCAGCCGCGCGCUCCUGCCUCCUGCCUGGUUCGGCUACUUCCGGGGGCGCGUCGCGUUCGGCAGGCAGAGGCUGAGAAGGGCGUGGGGCCGUCUGACUCCCCACGUGUACAGAUCAAUCUUUUCUGGCCCUUGCUCGUUUCCGUGGAGAGAGGCUAGGCAGCGGAGGGGCGGGUUUUAAAACAGCAAGAAAUGGGUGCCAGUCAACACGUCCUAAUGCCUGAACUUUUCUGAGUGUUGUGAGGAUCUGUGGUAUUUUUUCCCUCUGUUUUGGUUCUUUGAGGGACGAAUAAUACAUUUUGAAUCGGUUGAGUUUGUUCAUUCUUCAGUCUCCCAAAACCUCCAGCCGCUCUCUUAUGUGGCCAACAUUCUAAGUAUUUGGUUUGUUAAGUUGGUGUUACUUGGAUAGCCUAUGAAGCACCACCCUUUUAUGAAAAAGGUGAUAUAUAUAAUUUAGAAACUCAUGUCUGCCCUGGCUCUAGUUCUUAUACAUCUAAUAUAUACUGAUUUGUUUACCCCACUCUGCCCGCCUCCCCCAGCCCUGGGAAUUUUUAAACUAUCUGCCUAUAGUAAUUCUUUGAUUAGAAAAUAAAUUUGGUGCACUAAAAAUAACCUAAAACUCUCCCACGACUAUUAUUUAAAGUGUGUGAAAUGUUUACACGUCUUUAAGAAAUAUACAUGUAUGUAUAUAUUAUACCUAUUUU